AUGACACUCAUUGAUACAGAAAUAGGGAUUAAAAACAAAUUACUUUGUAAAUGUUUUAAAAAUACACCACCUAGUACUGAUAGUCUCGAUAAUAUAAUUGAGAAAUGGUACCCUGAAGUAAGGCACUUUUGUCCAAAUGUCCCAAUCAUUCUUGUUGGUAACAAACAAGAUCUGCGUAAUGACGAACGAGCACAUCAUGAAUUAGCCAAAGUUCGUCAAGAAUUAGUCAAGUCUGAAGAGGGUCGUCUUAUGGGUGAUCGUAUCAAUGCCUAUGCAUAUUUAGAAUGCUCUGCUAAAACAAAAGAAGGUGUUCGUAAAGUUUUUGAAACAGCUACACGUGCCGCUUUAUCUACUAAACGUAAAGGAAAGAGAACAUGUGAACUUGUUUAAGAAGAAAAAAAAGAGAAGUUAUCUUUUAAAUUUUGAUUGUUGACAGAUGAUAGAAUACUACUGGGUUUGUGUAGAGUUGAUUUAAUGCUCUCUGUGUAUCAUCUCAUUUCUAUAUAUAUACAUACAUUCUAUACUACUUAUGUGUCUGUUUUCAACAAUUUUACUUCUGAUUUAUUCCUAUAUUUGUCUGUUCCUUUGUGUGUGUACUCUUCAGCGUGCUGUUCUCGUGCUAGAGGGGUUAUUUGUUUUGUACUUUAUGCAUUUAUAUUUACACAAUUUGUUCGUUGUUGUGUAAUCUCUCUAUCCCCUGAUCGAUGAGUCUAUUGUUUCUUUACUUCUUUGUCUUUGUAUUCUUUUAUAACUGUUAUUUGUCAUCCCCCAUUCAUAUUGAUAUAAGUGAAUCGUAAAUUUUUCAAAAUGUUUAUGGAAUUAUAAAAAUUAUAAUUCAUUUAUAAGUAGUUGUUUUUGAUCAAGUAAGAUUUACAGAGUGUUUUUUUGUGCAAUAAAAGAAGAAUAUGCAUUCUUUUUGGUUAUAGUCGAUUUCAGAUUGUUAAUCGGACUAUUCUAUCCUCCUUAUUAUUGAAUUCUCAUUAAUUCACGUAAAAAGCGGGGUUUUUUUUUGUUUCGUUGCCCAAUAUUACAUAGUCUUCCAUUUUUCUGUUUGUUUGAUUAAAUGUUAUAUUCUCGGCAUUGAACAGUUAGCUAUUGUUUUUGGAUUGUGACUGUUUGGAUGGAACAACUACUACACUCGUUUUAUUUUGAAAAAAAAAAUAUACGCUGCAUUUUAAAACCUUUCUAAAGAAUAUACUCCACACAUAUGACUAUUUGUUAUGUAAUGUCAUCUAUACGAUUACAUUAAUUUUGUAAAUGCAUGUGCUAUCUCCACCAUUGUGCCUCGGCACAUUUAUUAUAGUUUUCUUUUUUUUUUGUCUUCUACAAAUCAACGUUUUAAAUUUACAUAAUAUAAAUUGAUAAGUAUUCUUGAAA